AUGGUGAAAGCUUCAUUAAUUCGUACAAUAGUUGGAAUCGUAGGCAAUGUGAUCUCUUUAGGGUUGUUAAUCUCACCAGCUCCUACUUUCUAUAAAAUCAUAAAGAAGAAGGAUGUAGAAGAGUUCAAGUCAGAUCCAUAUUUAGCAACAUUGUUGAAUUGUGCAUUUUGGGUGUUCUAUGGAAUGCCUUUUGUGCAUCCAAAUAGCACUUUGCUUGUCACCAUCAAUAGUGUUGGAUUUGUUUUUGAAAUCAUCUAUCUUACCAUAUUUUAUAUCUAUGCCACCAACAAAGGAAGGAAAAAAAUAUUUAUUGUUGUUCUAGUCGAGACUAUUUUCUUCGUCGUUAUUGUUCUUAUAACAUUGUUUGCACUUCACGGCACUGCCAAAAGAUCUUUGGUGGUUGGUAUUUUAUGCGAUAUCUUCAACGUAAUGAUGUAUACUUCUCCUCUUACAAUUAUGGCAAAAGUUAUAAAAACUAAGAGUGUGAAGUAUAUGCCAUUUUGGCUCUCUCUAGCUAACUUCCUCAAUGGUUUGAGUUGGACAAUAUAUGCUAUUCUUCCCCCUUUUGAUAUUUAUGUUUUGAUAAGCAAUGGUAUUGGAGCAGUUUCAGGACUUGUUCAACUUAUUCUAUAUGCUUGUUAUUGUUCUUGCAAUGGUGAAAGUAAUGAAGAUGAUAACAAAAAGGAUGAUCUUGAGAUGAAACCAACACUUGUUACUCAAGUCUCACUUAACAAUGGUAUUGGAGAAGCAAAACGAUGA